AUGCCUAAAGGAAGGAAAAAAUACUCAAAAUACGAAAACUACAGAACGGAGCAACCUGCUUCUUCUGAUGAGGAUGCCGGAAUUGACAUGACCAAUGACAACUGUUCUGAGAUAUCCAUGCAGUCUGACUCUAGGAGUAAUCAUGAAGAAGGUAUCGAAAGUGAAACUGAAAAGUUCGAGGACAAGGUCAUGGAGAUCAUCGAUAGUUUGAGCGCGCGCGCCGCUCAAGCUCGCGCUGCGGCGCUAGUGUCGCUGAAGAACGCUUUGCAGCGGCGUUGCGUAGGAUCUCUGUUCGCCAACCAGCGCGCUACACUCGCCGACAUCAUAUCGCGCAUGAUACGCCGCGGCCGGGAAGCUGAACGUAAAGCAGCGGCUGCUGUCGCUCCAAUACUCGCGCUUCAGAUCGGCGAAGAGGGUUCAGAAGAAUUCAUGUCAGAGGUCCGACCGGCAUUGGCCGCCGCAGCUGUAGAUCGUUCCGCCGCCAUCGACACGCGCACUGAGUGCUGCUCAUCUCUGGCCGUGCUGUGCUACCUGUUCGAGGAGGACAUAAGCGAAAUUUUGGAGAUCAUGAAGAUGUACGAAACCAUUUUCAGCGGCAGCUACCCAAAAGGCGACGGCAGCGUGAAGGUGUCGGGCGCGGCGGUGGAGGAGGCGGCGCUGCACGCGGGCGCGCUGGACGGCUGGGCGCUGCUGCUGGCGCUGCUGGCGCGGCCGCACGCGCGCGCGCUGCUGCACGCCGCGCCGCCCGCCGUGCCGCGCCUCGCCGCGCUGCUGGAGGCGCACGGCCUGGAGGUCCGCAUGGCGGCGGGAGGUGCCCUGGCGAUAGUGCACGAGCGUAUAACGGACCCCGAGGAGUCGACGGUGGCCCCUUACGUGGAACAGGUGCUGCCGCUGCUGGAGCAACUGGCCCGAGACUCGCACAAGUACAGAGCCAAACGGGACCGUAAAGUGCAACGGGCCACCUUCAGGGAUAUACUCAAGUAUUUCGAGGAGGAGGAGGUGCCGGAGCUGAGCGUGCGCGUGGGCGCGGAGGCGGUGGUGUGCGACACGUGGGGCGCGCGCGCGGCGUACGGCGCGCUGGCGGGCGCGCUGGGCGGGGGGCUGGCCGCGCUGGCCCCGCGCGCGCCCGCGCUGCGCCGCGCGCUGCAGCUGCCCGCCGCGCCGCCCGCGCCGCCGCCGCAGCGCCGCCACAACAAGCUGCAGCGGCACUUGCAGAACAGCGCGGCGUCCAAGGCGCGUACAGUCGCACGCAACAAGAGCCGCGACAAACGAUCCGCCGCACUCGCCAUAUGA